CGCGGCCGCCGUAGGCGCAAAAGGGUGGGAACCAAGAUGGCGGCGACCGCGGCGCGCGGGGCCCGAGGGGCUCUGGGGGCUUUGGGGGCCGCUUUGGGCCGGGCCGUGACCGGGACCCGAACCGGAACCGGAACCAGAACCGCCGGAACCGGAGCCGCUACCGGAACCGCAACCGGAGCCGUCGGCAUCGCGGAAGCGGCGUUGCGGGACCGGCUGAGGGGGCAGCAGGUGACAGAGCCACCCCCAGAGCAGCCGGAUCAAGAGGAGGAGCGGCGGCGGCGGGAGCGGUUGGCGGCAGCGCGGCGGCUGGCUCUGCGGCUGGCUGGGCUGCUCGGUGCUGGCACUGGCUUGGCCGUCGUCUACAUCUUCGGCAGCAACGCGGUGGACGAGCAUGGAGCCAAGAUCCCGGAUGAGUUCGAUGCUGACCCUGUGGGGAUCCAGCAGCUCCGCAGGACCUACAAGUACUUCAAGGACUACAGACAGAUGAUUAUCGAGCCCACGAGCCCCAAACUGCUGCCGGACCCCCUGCGUGAGCCCUACUAUCAGCCCCCCUAUACACUCGUCAUCGAGCUGACGGGGGUCCUCCUGCACCCCGAGUGGUCGCUGGUGACAGGCUGGCGGUUCAAGAAGCGCCCUGGGAUCGCGGCGCUGCUGCAGGAGCUGUCGCCCCUCUAUGAGAUCGUGGUGUUCACCGCCGAGACCGGAAUGACCGCCUUCCCCCUCAUCGACAGCAUUGACCCCAACGGCUUUGUCUCGUACCGCCUUUUCCGCGAUGCCACGCGCUACAUGGAUGGGCACCACGUUAAGGAUAUCUCGUGCCUGAACCGUGACCCGGCGCGUGUGGUGGUCGUCGAUUGCCGGCGCGAAGCUUUCUGCCUCCAACCCUUCAAUGGUUUGGCGUUGCCACGCUGGGACGGCAGCUCUGGCGACCGCGCGCUCUACGACCUCACUGCCUUCCUCAAGACCAUCGCUCUCAGUGGAGUGGAGGACGUGCGGCCGGUGCUGGAGAACUACGCGCUGGAGGAGGAUCCGUUGGCGGCCUUCAAACGGCGCCGGACGCGACUCGAGGAGGAGGAGCAACAGCGUCUGGCAGAGUUGGCGCAAGGAAAGAAGCCGACAGGGAUGUUCCUGGGGGGGUUGACCGGGCGCUUUUGGCCUCGAUCAAAGCAGCAGUGACAUUGAGCCAUGAUGUCAUCACGACAGAGAUGUGACAUCAUUGCGACACAGCCGUGACAUUGUUGUGACACAGCCGUGACGUCAUUGGGGGGCGAUGGGGACACCCCCUUCGAUGUGUGUGUGUGUCCCUGCCCCGUUCCAGAGGACUGGAUGGAAGCUGCAGGCGGAAGUUGAGGGGGGGG